UACGCACAGUGCACUCAGUUCUAGAUCGUUCACCAUCGCACCUGGUCAAGGAAAUACUUUUGGUAGACGAUUAUUCAAACUAUCGUAAGUAAACAAUGUGCACUAAGGUGUUGUCCAGUGUCCACUGAAAUUAACAAUUGCAGCAUAUCUGAAGACUCAGCUCGAAGAAUACUUUGAACCGUUCCCGGUGGUAAAAAUUAUUCGUGCAAAAGAACGUCUCGGAUUAAUCCGCGCUCGUUUGAUGGGCGCCAAGGAAGCUUCCGCAGAUAUCGUGACCUUCCUGGAUGCCCAUGUAGAGUGUACAGAAGGCUGGCUUGAGCCACUGCUCGACGUUGUUGCUCGCGAUCCUACCAACGUAGCCAUUCCCACGAUCGAUCGCAUCAACGAGAGGGAUAUGAGUCUUCAGACCAAUAUCUCGCUCUUGCUGGCAGGAGCCUUCGAGUGGGAUCUUAACUUUGGAUGGUGCGAAAGAAAACACCUGCGUAGGAAAUACACUGACCCGUGUAAACCCUUCGAAACACCAGCAAUGGCGGGUGGUUUGUUUACCAUCCAUAAGACGUUCUUCGAGCGGAUUGGCUGGUACGAUGAGGAUUUCAUCAUUUACGGCAUGGAGAACGUUGAACUGUCCAUCAAAAGCUGGAUGUGCGGAGGAAUGCUGCUUACCGUGCCGUGUUCUAGAGUGGGUCACGUACAGAAACACUCCCAUCCGUAUCUGUUUGAUGUGGCGAUGGAUCUGCCGAUGCACAAUUCAGCCCGUUUGGCCGAGGUGUGGAUGGAUGAGUACAAGCAGGUCGUGUUUGAUGUGAAUGGGUUGCCCCGAUACGUGGAGGAACGCUUCGGUUCGGUUGAGGAGCGAAAACAAGUACGAGAGCGAGCCAACUGUAAGCCCUUUCGGUAUUAUCUGCAGCGUGCAUUCCCGGAGCUGCGUAGUCCAGCGAUAGAUGGACAGUUUAGGGGUGAAGUACGAAAUGUAGGAUUAGGAAGAACUUACUGCCUGACGGUGGAGAAAGCGGGAACACGUCCGUAUAUGUCGCUCUGCGAUGGGCUGGAAAAGACUCAGUAUUGGAGCCAUAGCUACUAUCAGGAUAUUAACUCCUACAAGGCAUGUUUGGAUUUUAACGGAUCACUUCUUACCACUGUCAUUUGCCAUCGGCAUCGUGGCAAUCAAGGUUGGAUGUAUGUGAAGGAAACGGGACAAAUUUGGAGCAUGGCUCACACACAAUGUCUGGCAGUAAGGUCCAAAGCGAACUCCACAUUGACAUUAAAAAGCUGUAACGCUUCCGAUCAGUAUCAGCAGUGGAUGGUUAACCUUGUAGCGUAUGAUUUUUUAGUGAAACGAAAUGAAACAGAACCAUUAUUGCAAUAAGAAGUAGGCAGUUAAUUUGUACGUGAUGUGUAAAAUAAAAAGCGGUCCAAUAUUCCUGUUGUA